AUGAAACAAACUUUACCAAACGAUUAUGGAGCACCUAUUGAAUAUUUCUUACGAGCUGCACAAUGGCAAAGAGCAGUCUCACCAAGGUUAGGUGUUCCACCAGCUCCUGUCAAAAAUAGCAUUUGGUCAAGUCCUUAUAUAAAAUAUGGUCUCCCACUAGGUUUGCUAGCUACAGCAGGAGCAGUUAUGAUGUUGAAAAGAAAUAAAGCAAAUGUUGUAAAUAAUACUGAAGUAGCUGAAGUUAAACAAACUCCAACACCUUCGCCAAAACCAACGCCUUCACAAACAACACCUUCAAUGACUCCUGAACCUAUGGAAGUACAAACUCCUGUUCAAAAGUCAACUCCUAAACCGACUCCAACAUUUAAACCAGAACCUACUCCUCAAAUAAAUCGUAAAACUCCUGCGUUUCCUUACUGA